GUUAGCCCUCACAGCAGAAGGUAAAUUGAGCAAAAAUGGCGGCGCUUGACUUUGACUGGGAAGAAGUGCGAGACCAGCUACGGACAUGGCGAGAAGACAACAGCCGGCACAGCGAAGAGGUCGUAGACAUGUGGGAUUACUGCCUCAAGCACUACAUACAUAAACUGGGAGAUGAGCGUUGGAUGGUGGAGGAGCAAGUUGUCAUAGCUGGUUUGGAUUGUUACCGCUUGGAUGUAGCAGAGCAUAGUUUAGUGGCUCUCAAUGAACGGUUCCCAGGUUCGUUAAGAGUGCGGAAACUGAAAGCCAUGAGGCUAGAAGCUCUAGAAAGAUUUGAUGAGGCCAUGGAUGUGUACGACAGUAUUAUCCGCCAAGACGAAACCAAUUCAACAGCGCGGAAACGAAAAGUUGCAGUGUUGCGGGGCCAAGGGAGGAUCCCUGAAGCCAUCAAAGAACUUACUGAAUAUCUUAAAGUUUUUAUGUCUGAUGGCGAGGCAUGGCAAGAGCUGUGUGAUCUAUACUUAAAGGAAGGCGACUACAGUAAAGCUGCCUUCUGUAUGGAGGAAUUAAUACUGACGAAUCCGCACAACCAUCUCUUCUAUACCAGAUAUGCAGAAAUUAAGUACACACAGGGAGGCCUCGAUAAUAUGGAGAUAGCUCGGAGCUACUUCGGUCAGGCAGCCAAAUUGAACCCCAGUAAUGUGCGUGCCCUUUAUGGUCUCUUCCUGAGUUGUACUCAAGUCUCGUCGUCACCAAAGUGUAGCGCUCAGAAGAAAAAGGAGACUCAGCAGCUAGCAACAUGGGCACUUAAGGAAAUUGCAGACAGGUACUCAAAGUGCAGAACUAAUGCUAUGGAUGGGUCAAAAAUACUGGAGACAUUUGGCGCUUUGAGUCUAACAGAUAAAGCAUGAUAGUUAUACUAAGUCAAAAUAAUUUAUUUCUUGUUCUUUUAUAUUGUAAUAAAAUGUGAGAUGAAAUAUAAUGUGUAUUACCUAGAAAAAUAUUGUCCCAUUUUAUACUCCUUUUUUUCGCAAAAUGGAAAACUACUAUUUUCUGUGUUUGAGAGAUGUUGUGUGUAACAGUUGCAACAAAUGCAUUCCUUUGUAUAACAGAACUAUGUAUUCUUAUAGGUUUAGGGUUAGAGGAAAAUAUAUAUAAAAUGUGUGAGGAAGAUGUACAUUUGGACAAAACUACCUGAAUACUGCUGAGCAUACCAGGGUUUUGUAUUUUGCAUUAAGCUGAUUUGGCUGAGAGACGUGUAUGAUGUAAUGUUUGGUAAUGAUUUGGCGUUUGAUGUAGUAGCAAUAUAACGGCGUUAACAGUAGCAGGUCAAUAUUGUUAAAGAAUAAGCAUAAAAUUUUGUUAUUAUCAAUUCCAAAUUUGUAGCUCUCUUAAGGUGGCUGGUGGCAGCGUCUUUGUGGCCAGGUUAAAGAGAGGAACUUGCGAGUCUUGUCACCCACGGUCCUGCCAAUGUCUCGUAUCAUUAAUCACAUGUAUCGUCAUUAUUCAGCUCGUCUCUUGAGUUGCCAAAACGGAUAAAAUAUAGGGUACUGAAAUGUACAAUGUUAAGAUGCCCACCUAACUUAGCCAGUGCAUAGAAAACACGAAUGUUUGCGAGCAAAUAAAUUACCCCAUAUUUUGUCUGUUGGGGAUCAUAGCGUAUAAUCUCCAGUGUAUCAUUUGAGAGGACAUGUUGUAUUAUUAUAGUUUGUGUUGUAUAUGAAAUUGUAUACUGAUCAAAGCUUGAUUAAUUGUAUAUUUAAAUUUUCGUGGGUGCAUAAUGUGAAUUGACAUUGCAAUACGGUAUAUAAUAAACAUUUACAUCUGAUGUUUGGCCAUGCUGGCUGUUAAUUACUGGUUGCAUUUAUAUCCUACUACAUCAGUGAAUUUUGUGAUACAAGAUGUACUGUAGACAUAUUUAAUUUUAUAAAUAUCCAAUCAUUAAUGAAUUGCAGCAUCGCACACAACAACAAAAAUGGUAUGCAUUGCAAGAUCACCCAAAACACAUUUUACACUUACAGAACAGUUUUUAAUUAACAGUCAGAGGUGACAGUAAAUUUGCCCUUGCAUUAUGGUGGCAGACCCUAGAAAAGCACUUGACAAGUACUUAUCUGUACAGUGUACCAUUCAUAAUCCAGAACUCCAUAUAAUGGAUCCUUCUGUCCAAUGGAUCUUCCCUCAAAAAUAUAUUUCUCGAGCAAAAAUACUACACAGCUUAAAACCGGAUUUUCAGUUGGUCGUGUAAAAUUCCAUGAAUCGUGUGUGUUCCACCCCCCCCCCCCACCCCCUUUUUUUUCUAAUCUUGCUCCUAAUUGUAAAUAUUAUUCAAAAUACUGGACUUGUAUAAUCUAUAGUACAGUACAAGCUUGGCAAAACAUUUCUAAAGCAAGUGCUUGACAUUUCUGUGUCAUCCAGAGCUACUGUGAGGGUGUGUGCUUUCUUCACACGCCCACAGAAAUCACACUAACGUUAUACAGUAUAUCAAUGAGUGUGUCAAUUGGAGCAAUGAAGUGACUCGAACCAGGGAUUGGGGUACUCCCAGCCGUGCACCUUACUCCUGUACCACGACAUAGUAUAAGAUAUACAACCUGGGAUUCCACUAAAUCCACAGGAAGUGUGGAGGCUUCUCCUUAAGCCAGUCCAAGUUUUAUGUAUAUAUAUAACCAAUAUGCACUCUGGUGCAGGUAAAGUAGUUGAUCAACUAUGCACAUCAGAAUCGAGUCAUCUCGUUGCUCCAAUUGAUUUUCUUCACGAGCCUUUUUCUCUGGCAAGAAAAAUCUGGAAAAAGUGCCCAGAAAACAAUAAUUUUUUUUUUGGGGGGGGGGGGGGGUCCAGAUUUCACGCAUGCAGAUUGGAUAGAGAAUGAUAUUUGGAUUUUGGAAGGUCUACUAUUAUACUGCAGCCCGAGACACUUUAACAAACUAAUGUCAUUAGUGAUGUGUCAAUGUUUGUGAAUUUAGUAGCAGGAAAUAUUCAAAAAUGCUAACGGCUUUUUUGUUUAUAGAGGUGGUGACAUUAUUAUUAUUAUGGAUUAAUAAGACCUUAGCCAUUGUGUUUUAAACUGUCUAUGAACAGAAGUGUCUUAUUAAGUUACUUCACCUCACUGCUAUCUCAUCCGUAUACAGAACCUUUAAUGACUGUGUUAGAUAUAUUGUGUUCAUGUAUCUUUACAUUUCUCAUUGCCGUGUUAUGCCCAAAAGCUUCCCCUGGAAACACAAACCGAAACUGUCUAUUUUCCGCUUGUUACAACUUGUAAUAAAGUUGUUACAUCUUGGCUUAACGUGUUUAUGACGUAUUGGAACGUUGUUACAACUUGAUAUAUUGGUUGUUAUAACUGAUUAGGAAGUGUUAAAACUUGUUCGAACGUGGUACCCAACGUCGUAGUUUCGGUGUGUGUUUGGCGGGUCCCCCCCCCAUGGGUGAUUGUCAUGACAUACAAGCAUCCCUGUCAAUCUUACUCUUCAGGUUAAUUGUAUUUCUCCAUAUCCCCCCCCCCCCACUAUAUACCCAAGUACUGUAUAGUAAUUCAAUUACCCCCCCCCCCCACCCCCACCCACCCACCCAUCCUACUUUCUCUCGUUUCACAUCCUCACACCUAUAUAAAGUCUUUACACAGGUAUGUAAGUCACACAUUCAAGCCUACCAAGAACCAUGUUCUAAUAGAUGUGAACACAAUAGUGAUGCUGUACUCUAAUCUCAAAGUCAUAGCAUUAAUUUUGUUUUCAUGAAAUAUAUAUACAUAUAUAUUUAUUACAUACAAGUCAUAUAUAUAUCUAGAACAGCUUCCUUUGUUUACAUUUUGCUCUGAAACAUCUUCCAGGCUUCGGGCAGCCGGGGCGCAUCCUUUCCCAUGAUCGUCGUCGCCCCUAAAUCAACACAACAACAUCUUCCAGGCUUCCAUAGUUACGAAGCAUUUCUUGUACAGAUUUUGUAUAGCAAUGUAAGUUUUGGCAGAUUUAUUAUUGGUAGUUGUAUUCAUGUAGUAUUCUUGUAUGGUUAUAACUUGCCAGGAAGAUCUGUAUAUAAAUUUUAUGGUAAUUGUAACCAGACAGCUAGAUUUAUUCAUCUGUUUUUAGCAAGUAAAACACCAAUUGUAAAAGAAAGUCUGAAUGAUAGUGCAAAACACUAUUUUUGUCAUGAGAAUGUAUAUUUGAAUAUAUAUUAUGUAUAUGGCAGCACCAAAGUAAGCUUACAGAGCCAUUUGUACAACCAGUCGUCUUAAAAAUAACGUCACUUUUGGCUUGUAUGCGCGCUAUGGCCAAAUUUGGACGUAAUUUGAAAUGAAAAGAGACUCACAAAAGUGAAGUACUGUUCUGUUUCCGUUUGAGUCGUCCGGCUUACACGGACAGGUUAGGAGAGGAUACGUUCAACUAAGGUUUUUCAUAACGUUUUGAAACUUUAUGAGAAUUUCCUGUCAACCUAACCUAUCAGAGGACCCCUAACUUACCGUUGUUGAAAAAUAAAUCCCAAAUUUAUUUUCAUUUUUUUUUAAUUUUCAAAUUACGUCCACUUUCAGCCAUACGGGCAAACGGCCAAAAGUGACGUUCUUUUUAAGAGGACAGGUUGAUUUGUAAUGAUCUGUGGACCUUGGCCAAAUAUUUUUUGUUCACAAAUCUGAAGGCUUAAAAGACAAGCUGGUUUUAUGUGGACCAGCCAAUUGUUUUUUUUAAAUAACUCGAGUAGUUCAGUUGUUUGUAAAUGAAUAUUCAAUUGACAAAGUUUUAAUUUCAUGUGAGGCCUACUUUCAUGUUUGAAUUUUAUAUUAAAUAUAUAAAUAUU